GGGAUCGUGUCCGCCAGAUGCCCCCCGACCGACGACCCGGAGAUCCUCCGACAGUACGCUAGGUGCUAUAUUAUGUUACUGAUCGGAGGGUAUCUGAUGACAGACAAGUCUAACAACCUGGUGCACAUACGUUGGCUACCGCUUCUCCGGGACUUCGGGGAGUGUAGGGCAUUAUCUUGGGGCUCGGCUGUGCUGGCCUGGACGUACCAGUCACUCUGUUCGGCGGCACAGCGGGGCAUCACGAACAUCGCCGGUUGCACUCCGCUGUUGAUGAGCUGGAUUUAUCAGAGAUUUCCUCAGUGGUGUCCACCAGAUAGAGGAAUCUACCAGUAUCCGCUGGCUGCGAGGUUGGUUGGAUUGCAGUAGUAGAGUAGGGAUCAGCAUUAGGCCAGGGUCCUGCAUUGGAGGGUUUCGAUCGACC